AAUGAAAAUGAUUCUUAUCAUAGAACAAAGAGUAAAACUGCUAGUUGUAAUACCUAUUCUUUUAAAAAAGAUUCAAAAACUUUUUCUUUCAUUGAUACACCAGGUUUAUCUGAUACACGUGGUGUUGAACAAGAUGACAUAAACAUUGGUAAAAUUAUUGAAUCUGCCGAAAAUUGCUCUAGUCUAUCAGCAGUUUUAAUUGUUAUCGAUAACAAUUCCAAGAAUGACUAUUAA